AGGAUUCCUGCUCUUCUUCCUCUGAUAGUGACGAUGAUAAGAAGAAGAAGAAAAAGAAAAAGAAGAAGGAUAAGAAGAAGAAGGAUAAGGAUUCCAGCUCUUCUUCCUCUGACAGUGACGAUGAUAAGAAGAAGAAGAAAAAGAAAAAGAAGAAGAAGAAGUCCUGCUCUUCUGAUGAGAGCUCUCCAUCCUCCUCCUCUUCUGAUAGUGAUGAUGACAAGAAGAAGAAGAAAAAGAAAGAUAAGAAAAAGAAGAAGAAGAAGGAUAAGAAGAAAAAGAAGGAUUCUUCUUCGUCUGACUCCUCCAGUGAUUCUUCGAGUGAUGAUGAUAAGAAGAAAAAGAAGAAGGAUAAGAAGAAGAAGAAAAAGAAAGACAAGAAAAAGGACUCAGAUUCUUCUAGCAGUGAUGAUGACAAGAAGAAGAAAAAGAAGAAGAAAGACAAGAAGAAGAAGAAAAAGAAGGAGGACAAAAAGAAGGACUCAAGCUCCAGUUCUUCAAGUUCAUCCAGUUCAUCUGAUAGCUCCAGUGGCAGUGACAAGGAAGAUAAAAAGGACAAAAAGAAGAAGAAGAAGGAGAAAAAGAGUUCAGGCUCAUCAGGAAGUGAAACUGACAACAAGAAAAAGAUUGGCAGCCCUGAGUGUGAGCAAAGUGGAGAUCCCAAAAUGGAAGUUUUAAGCUCAGUAGGUGGCGGACUUUCAGCUCCCAGCGGCAGCACCUCCAAGCCUGGAGGUUCUCCUAGCGGGUCAGCCUUCACACCACUGCCCUCCAAACCUGUUGUUAAGCUGGAUCCUGUGACUACCUCAACUUCCAAAUAUGUCGUGAAGCCAGAUCCUGUGACUACUACAACUACCAAAUAUGUCACAAAGCCAGAUCCUGUUAAUACUACAACUUCCAAAUACGACGUGAAGCCAGAUCCUGUUAAUACUACAACUUCCAAAUACGACGUGAAGCCAGAUCCUGUGAGUACUACAACUACCAAAUAUGUCACGAAGCCAGAUCCUGUGAGUACUACAACUACCAAAUAUGUCACGAAGCCAGAUCCUGUGAGUAUAACAACUUCCAGAUACGACAUGAAGCCAGAUCCUCUGAGGAUUACAACUUCCAGAUACGACGUGAAGCCGGAUUCUCUGAGUCCUUCAGCUACCAAAACCGAAGUGAAGCUGGAUCCUCUGAAUCCUGCCGCGGCCUCCAACCCCUCUCUCUAUAGCUCUUCACUGAAUAUGGGAGAUAGGCCCCCAAGUCGCAGACCUCCCAGCCCCAUGGAGGCCCUGCUGGGCAACCCAAGGAGAUACGGAGACGGAUCAACCCGUCCCGCCAGCCAUCUCAGCUCUACUGACAUAUUGAAAGGCCCUAGGCCUUACCAGUAAUGAGAUGUCACAGAAUAAAAUAGAUGUUACUGAUUUUAAAGAAAAGCCUUACCCUUACACUGGAGGAUGUUGAAUGUGAUGAUAAGAUAUUAUGCUCUAAUGAUGUGUGUGUGUGUGUCCUUUAUGCAACAAAAAUAUGACAUAUAUUAUUUGGUAGAGUUUACUGUGUUUAAAUGAACUGGGACAUUAUGAAAGGUUUCAAGUUGAGGAUAAUUUUACCUUGAACAUUUUUUAUUCCACAUUUGUACAUUUGUGGAAAUGUAAUUUCACAUUCACAUGAUUUAUUCAAAAUCCUUGCUUUGGGAAUAAAACGAUAUGAUUUUA